CUAAAAAUACAAAAAAAUUAGCUGGGUGUAGUGGCGGGCACCUGUAAUCCCAGCUACUUGGGAGGCUGAGACAGGAGAAUUACUUGAACCCGGGAGACGGAGGUUGCAGUGAGCCGAGAUCGUGCCAUUGCACUCCAGCCUGGGUGACAGAGCAAGACUCUGACUCAAAAAAAAAAAAAAGAAUUUCACCCUUCUCUGUAUAUGUCUCCUUUAAGGAGCUACCCCAUUCUGGGAAAGCACAGUUGGUACCACGUGAAAAGGUGCCCCCAUCACCACAUUUACAAAGCAUGAGAUCAGGAAUUUAAAAGGCACUCUCACUGCCUCCCAUCUGCCUCCCCCACCCUUGUCUGAUCCCCUCUUCCCACCACGUGUGUCCUCUCCUCCUUCCUUCAGUUUCACACAAGAUCCAAUUCUCUCAGCCCCCAGCAUGGGUUGCCUCCUGGUUGUGUCUCCUUGACUCAGCCCAUUCCUGGACAACAACAGCUCCUUCCAUGGCUUUACUUAGCUCCCUGGACCUCGCCUUCCAGGUCUUCUUAAGCAGCUCAACCCACCCCUAGUCCCACCUUCAAGGAAUGAACUUGUGUAAUAUUCUCUCUGAUCCUUUUGCAGUUAUGCAUAAUGACUGGGUUUUCAUGCUUAUGAAUGAGAUGUGCCUCCCUCAAACAUUGUUAUACAUCAGCACAUUAUGCAUCUGACAUGAGAAAAAAAAUUCUCCCUUGCUUGAAAACACUUUUGCAAAUUCUCAUCUAUGUGGAAAACAAAACAGAGAGGAAGUAGAGAUGAUGAGUGUGGACAACUCAUUUUGAAAAGUUGGGGUGAGAAGGAGAAAAUUGAGAUUGGGCUGUUCUUAGGGGGGAUAAGGUGUGCGGGAGUAGACUUGCUUGCUGUACCCUAUACCCAUUCUCCCUCCUGGUACAUUAAUAGAGCCUCUGUGUUUAGCUGGUAUAUUAGGGCAUUCUUGUAUUGCUAUAAAGAAAUACUUGAGACUGGGUAAUUUAUAAAGAAAAGAGGUUUAAUUGGUUCAUUAAUUUAUAAAGAAAAGAUCUCGUGUGAACUAAAGUGUGAGCUCACUUAUCACCAAGGAGAUGAUCCAAGCCACUCACAAGGGAUCCGCCCCCAUGAUCCAAACAUCUUCCACCAGGCCCCACCUCCAGCAUUGGGGAUUACAUUUCAACAUGAGAUUUGGGCAGGGACAAAUAUCCAAACGGUAUCAACUGGGUACCAGAAUAAUGGCUGAUCCCCAGCCUUCCUUGCAGCUAAGCAUGGCCAUAUUGCCAAAUUCUGGCCUGUUGGGAGGUGAGUGGAAGUCAAACCCUCAUGUGGAAGGGCUCUCCAUCUCCCCAUCCCUCUUUUCCGAUGCUGCUUACAGCAGUGAGAGUUAUCAUGAACUGUGGAGACAAGGCCACACCUAGGAAUGGUGGAGUGAGGACCCUUAAGAAGCUGAGGUCCUUGCCACUAAGGUACUGCCUUGCCAGCUUAUGUGAGAAAUAAGUUAACUUUCAUCUUGUUUGAGCUUUUUAAGUGGAUUUGAUUAUUUGGGGCCUUUACAGCAGUCAAACAUGCUUCCUAAUUAAUAGUGGUGGAUAAAAGGAUCUUCACUUUCUUAUCUUUAAUGAAUUUUGAACAUAGUCUGAUGUCAAUUGGAAGAAUCCGGGAAAAAGUGAAGUUGAAAAUACAGAGUGAUCUGGAGUGAUGGUUAAUGCAAGUGUCCUGAAAAGAUUGCUACCUCUGGGACUGUCCCCAGAAGAGGACCCAGAACAUGGAGACAUGUGUCAUGUAGCCAACUGUCCUGGGCUGCCUGCUGUGUUGUCUCCCAGGACUUCUCCAGCUCCAUUUACAGUCUGGCUCCUGGGCCUUUGGAUCCCAGCAGUGUCCGAGCAGGGGCUCAAAGGACAGCCCCACCGUGGGGGAUCAGCCCUAGAAGCUGUCACUACAUCUCCAACGGACGCAACUAUUUUCCAGGAACACCAGGGGAGAGAGACAACAACAGCACAGUGGCCCCGGACGGUGACCCUUGGACUGAAGGAACCUACAGAUGUGGUUUUUUUGGUGACAUUUUACAUGCAACUCCAGAUUUCGAACUCUUUUUGGAGAAGCAGGCGAUCUGGCAACAGUCGUUUUGGAUUCUCAGAAGGCAAUAAAGAACGGCUGCCACCUUCCGAGGGGCAUGGUGGGUGCCCUGUUCUGCUAGAAUUGCCAACACGCCUAUCGUCUUAGACUUGCCCGAGGUGUUGCAGUUAGAGACUCUGCCUCCCUGAUUCACGCUCCUGCCUGGUGCCCAUGGGCUUGAAGUUGCUCCCCUUGGAGUGGGGUGAGGCUGUGCAGACACUUCUCAUACACCUCCCCUGCAGACAGCGAGCUCCUGGAACACAAGUCACAUGCAUUUCAUUUCCUGCUCUCUUGCUACCACCCAACAUGGGCUCUCAAUACACGUUGAAGGCAAGGAUCAAUGAAUAAAUGGGCAACUAUCAGCUGUAGCCUUGUAUGUGCCAGGUAUGGUGCUAGGCACCAAAAGGGCCACAGAGGUGUUAUACACCAGGAUAUCAGGGAGUUCAUGACAUAGUGAGGGAAAGAAAAAGCUUAUGCAGUGUGUGUGUGGGACUUUAAGCAAACAUGAUGCAUAACAAUAAAAGGAAUGACUUUGCCUGCCCCUGAUGAAACUUCAGCAGGGCUAUGCCCUGUCUUGUCACCUUCAGGAAACAGCAGUCUUAUAGUCCUUUGCCCCUCUGAGUUACAACCACUGUCUCCUUUCAGGAGAAUGUCCAGUGUUAUAUCAUAAUCAAGACUUUGAACUUGAUGUGGCAUUACAUGUUCUUCCAUCUCCCCAGCCACCUGAGAAGGGAGAUGGGGUAGCUUUUCUCUCUCACUCUCUCUCCCCCAACCCCUCCUCUUCCCACCAGCAGGCGAAUGAGCUUCCUGCCCAUAGGAGAAAGGGUAAAAUCACAAGGUGGUGCCCUUGUCUCCAAAUCUCAAGGUCCUCUGGAUGGCAGGUGAGUAAAGGUGACUCUUGUGAUCAUGGGUGUUUUGGGUGUUCCUCAGAGAUCCUCCAAACUGGGGGCUUGUCCACCGUUCCCAGGACUCUGCCAUGUGGAGCCAUGGGAAUGUGAAGUUCACCUCACACUUCCUUUCAUCUGAGGUCACCGCACAGCCCCUACCAGCCCAGCCAUAUUGGGUGGGAUUUCAGAUGCCCCCACAAUGGCUGCCUUGGAGACUUUCCACUGGUCCUCAAGAAGCAACAACACUCCCCUUGCUCUGCCUUUGGUGGAGGGCAAUUCCUCCUCUCUCUCUGCCUGGCCCCAGGCUGCUUCGGCUCUCUCAGGCACUGGUCCCCGUAUUCCCCCAGAUACAGAGAACCCUCAUCAAGCUCUCAAGUGGCCACUGAAACCCAGGCUCUCUAGGGUCCAGCGUAUGGAAGCGACAGCCCCAUUUAAUUUCUCCUUUCCUCUUGUAGGCUUACAGCAUAGCCCUCUCCCAAGAAAUCAUCCAAAAAUUACCUCAACCAUUCUAUAGUCCCCAAGCUGACCAGGGGAGGGAGGACCAAGAAUCUUGAAACCUAAAUACUACAUUUGAUGAUCUCCUCAGACUUAUUUUGGGAUCUGAUAUCUCUUUAACAAAAAUUAUAAAAAUUGAGGCAAAGAGAGCCCAAUUUUUUAUAUAUUGUUCUGAUAAAUAACAGGUACCCUUAGAAGAAUGCAGACAAACACUCCUAUGGAAAUUUAAAGGAGCAUAAGACUUCUUCCAGUAUAGGGAGAGAACCAAGGAAGACUUCCUGGAGGAAAUGGCCAUUGAACUGGGCCUUGGACAUAUGGAGGUCAGGGAUGAGAGUAUUCCAGAUGAAGAGUCCAGCAUAGGGAAGGCCCACAGGCAGGAAUUGUGCUGUAUUAAUGCUGUCUUAGAGGCAUUUCCAUUGCCAGAAACAGAUACUCAAAUACUUCAAAGAGAGAGAGAGAGAGUAUUGAAAGAGUUUCUAUGAACAACUGUGGUUCUCAAAGUGUAAUCCCUGGGCCAGCAGCAUCGGCAUCACCUGGGAACUUGUUAGAAAUGCAGAUUCCCAGGCUGGGUGCAGUGGCUCACGCCUGUAACCCUAGCACUUUGAGAGGCGGGGUGGGUGGAUCACCUGAGGCUGGGAGUUCGAGACCUGCCUGACCAACGUGGAGAAACUCUGUCUCUACUAAAAAUACAAAAAGCCGGGCGUGGUGGCGCAUGCCUGUAAUCCCAGCUACUCGGGAGGCUGAGGCAGGAAAAUCGCUUGAAUCUGGGAGGCAGAGUUUGCGGUGAGCUGAGAUCACGCCACUGCACUCCAGCCUGGGCAACAAGAGCGAAACUCCACCGAAGAAAGAAAGAGAGAGAGAGAGAAAGAAAGAAAAGAAGAGAGAAAGAAAGAAAAAGAAAAAAAGAAAAGAAAGAAAAGAGAAGGAAAAAAAAGAAAAAAGAAAAGAAAAGAAAAAAGAAAAGGGCACAUUCACCAGAGCCUUUGAAUCAGAAAAGGACCCUCAGGGGCUGGUGGUAGCAGUCCUUGCACAGGCCCUCCAGGUGAUUUUCAUCCAGGGAAGCUUGUGAGCCCUUGAGAUGGAAUAUUCUCAGGAACCCCUGAGAUAUGUGAAGAACUGACGGCAUAGGCUAUUUCUAGGGAGGAAAUGGGGUUGCUGAGUGCACAGAUGAGGGGAGGUGGGAGACCUCUGUAAUUGUGUACCAUGUGCAUAUAUUACGUAUUCAGAGAAUAAUAAAAUAAUGUGUUUAAUCC